AAGUGUUGUAGCUGUUUUCUCACAUUAAUAAACAGACGCACAGACAGACCUUUUUAACGCAACACUCGGGGAACCAUUCAUAACGGGUAGUCCCGUCUGACAGGAGAGAGGUGGGGGGGGGGGAGAAUUUGAGUAGUGUUAGUUGAACUUACGGUGUUUGUGUGCCCUCAGUGACGGCUUUGUCUUGUGGCUGGCAUGCGCUUACCGCUGUAAUCUCGGGCCAGCAAGUUUCACAGGAUGAAUUUUACUGGUUUGUAGUACUAGCUGCGUUACGAAGAAAGGCAGACUUCACUCAGUGAACGAGCCAGAAUCCAGAUAAGAAACAGUAUUUUUGAGUGCUCAUUUCGUAUAAGGUGUCGGUUAGGUUUAAAUAGUUGGAAGUCACGACGCCUCGUAUUACAGAUAACUAAGGGUUUUUGUGUAAACUGCUUGAAGCACUGUAGAAAUAUUUAUCAUAAGUUAGCAGUACCGUUCCUCUACAAGCUGGCUGUCUCAGAAUGAGAGCGUGAAUGUGGUCACGUGACUCGAACUCGGUUUGACAUGCUUGCCCUGUGGAAAGGACUCCCCCAUGGGUCCAAGUCCCUUUCUGGAGCAGUAAAACCUUCUGGUGAUACUCAACGACCUGGAAGUCAAAACCACCACACUACAUCUCCAGUAGACUCAGCUUCGUCUCAUUCUGGCAGUGUCAUUGUCUCAUGUGCUACAUCUAGCAGUAACCCUGCUUUAAAGGCACCUUGCACAUCAAGCUUUGCUGCAGCACUGAAGAAACUUGCAAAACAAGCUGUAGAUCCAGUCACAACUGUUUCAUCUGUCAGCUCUGUGUCCACUCCAUUACCCCCUCAUCAGUCAGUUACACCAAAGCAUCAUAGUUUGACCAGUGGCCAGUCAUCUAAAUCUGCCAUCCCUUCAGUGCCAGUCAGCAUCACUCCUGUAUUAAACUAUGUCAACCAUUCAGUUGAGAGUAGGAACAAGGAUGCAGAGUUCUCAAGAUACUCACAGGGUGGCAGAACUAGCAUGAAUUUGAUGGAGCCAGUAAGUCUCAAAAUGGAUCAAUCCUCCCCUAAAACAAUAAAAAGUGGUCUUUAUAACAUUAAAAGAGAAGAAAUGUAUUAUGAGAACAAUGACACUGGCAGACGUCCUCCAUCAUCCCAUCAAAGACCUGAAGUGGGAAGAGAUAGUGAAGAAAGCCAUGCAUCUUCCAGUGGAUUUCAACUCUACAGAAAUUUUGACAGGGCUCGAAACUCCAUUUCAUCAUAUGAACAUGCUAUGCCAUAUCCUUAUCAACCAACCUUUUUACCCCCUCCUCCAUCAUUUUCACAUCAAACUUACAGGUUAGAAGAUGCAACAUAUGUAGAUCAUUAUGGAAUGCUCAGAAACACCACGACUCACAUACCUUCUUCAUCGGCAAGUGUACUCCCAUUUGUUGCUAGAAGUCCUUAUCCACCAGAAAUUUUGGGACAGUCCAUCAGAGUUGCAUCUCCUAGUGGUCUCUUUACUAUCCAUGAAAGGGCUAAAUAUGCAGAGAAUCGGGGACAGGAACUCUUUAGACAUUCUUCCAGAGAGCUUACCAGUCAAGUUAUUCAAAGUCCAUUACCUGUGACAUUGUCCAGAAAUUCUGAAUCACCAGGCCAUCCUGGAUCCAUCACCUAUGGAACCCCACGUGAACACUCCAACAAACAUUCCUCUCCACCUGUUGCAGCCUCCUCUACACCCCUUAAUCUUGUCAGAUGCAGCAAUCAAAACACUAAUAAGUGGGAUUCUCAUCAUCAGAUAGUAUCGCAAUGUUCACAGGCCAAAAGUCCACAGGAAGAAUUAGGAUUUAACCACUCCAUAUAUUUACAGCAGGAGUUACAGCAGCCUUUGGCAAUGACAGGAAGAAGGCCAGUAAUGAGUGAGCUUCAGUCUAUCUUCAGAGAUAAAAAUUAUAAUAAAAAUCAUUCCAUUUCUCAGAGAAGACAAGGUCCCAUUUCCCCAACUAUGGAUGUAAGUUAUUCACGAAGCUCAUCUUUACCAAGCUCUAGCCAUCCAAUACAUUCAGAAAGAUUGAUGCUAAAACCAACAACCUAUUCCUCAAGACUAGAACCACUGGAUAGGUUGACUCUCCUCAACCAGGAGAGGAAGAGUGUUAUAUCUGCUGAUAAUAGUCCCCAUUCACAAGCUGAAAUGUGUAAGACAGGGGCUGUUCCUCCAAGAGUCCUAACUCCUCAUAAAUCCAAUUUCAGUAGCACCUUAAGUGAACCAAAAUCAACAUUAGGAGAGAUCAUUACAAACCUGACUGUAAACAAGGCUCAGACUAUGUUUGAAAAUCACUUGGAUACCUCUGUAUUGAAAACUGAGGCUAUCGGCAGAGACUUAACACAACAAGUUAUUCCUAAUGUGCAAGUUCAAAAAGCUGGUUGUAAUACUCAAGCAGCAAUAACAGGCUGCACCAGUCAGUGGUCUGGACUUGUCAGUAAGCUUGAUUUAGAGUGGGAGAAACUUCAGAAGGCCAGGUUGGCAGGUAAAUGUGGAGACAGUGAUGAUGAGGUGGAAUCAGAAAAUGAGGAAAACUGUUUAAAAGAAAUUUUGAUUAUUACCAAAGGACCCCCCUUAUCACUUGAUCUCAGUCCAAAGAAACUUGAAUUUCUUGAUACAGUUGGUUUGACAACUCAUCAGAAAAAACAAGAGCUAGAGUUUGCUAAAUAUCUUCAAGGGAGAAAAGUUUUACAAGAACGACCAGUUUUCCCUCUAGACAGCAAUAACACCAGUAGAGAGUGUUCUCCAUUGCCACUAACAACAAAUAUCACUUCUGAAGAACUAUGUUUUGCUGCUGACUUUCCACAUAAAGUUAAAUUUUUACAGUUCCUUGCUUUGAAGUUAACAACUUUUCAGGAGAAGAUAGAGAUUGAGAGAAAGUGGAAAGUAACUGAAGAAGGCAGAGUUCGUCAAAAGCAAAAAUUAAAGUCUAAAUGUCAAAAGAAGGCCAAAGUCCGUGACAGAAAACCAGAAAUAACUUCAUUGGAGAGGUUACCAAUGAGAAGCAAAAAACGAAGAUUACAGCCUAGUCCUAACCAAUCACUGAAGCUUCAUUUAGGAUAUAUAACAUUUUGGGAGUACGUGACAUUUGAUAUAGUACAUGGAAUUUCAAAAUGCUACAAUGAAAUAUAUGUAGAAGAAUUUUCACAGAACUGGCUUUUAUUAACCAGAGGAUGA